AUGGCCCCAGCCGCCGCCCUUGUCGGCCCUCCGAUCGCUUUCAUCGCUGAUGCCAAGCUACCGCCGAAGCCGAUCCGCAGCUCAUCCCCCGACCACUCGUCCGACGAGAACUCACCCUCACCCAUGGACGAAGACUCGCCUGCGCCAGGACGGACGACGAAGGAGGAGGUGAUCUACCGUAGUCGAUCCACAGUUUAUAACACCUCUGGGGACCCCUGCGUCGACCUCUUCUUCCAGGUCGUCCCAGGCGUCACCUCCGACGCCGACCUCACCGUGCUCCUCGACGCGGCCUGGUCCCACGACGCGCGGACGGCCCUCAAGCUCGUCUGCCAUCUCCGUGGCGUCCGCGGCCUCGGCAAGUCCGACAGGGACGGCUUCUACGCUGCCGCGCUCUGGAUGCACGCGCGGCACCCGCUCACCCUCGCCGCCAACCUCGCCAACUUCGCCAGGUUCGGAUGCCUCAAGGACCUCCCCGAGAUCCUCUACCUCGUCCUCCACGGCCCCCGCGACGAGGACGAGCACAAGGGUGACAACAGUCGCUAUCCCGUGAAGCGCCGCCGCGGCGUCAGCGAGGCACAGACUGCCAAGGAGAAGCUCAACAAAGAGGCGCAACUCGCGCAGGUGGCAAUCGCGCGCUACGCCUCCGACGAGGCCUUCCGCCACCUCUACGACCGCGUCGCCGACACAUUCGCCGAGCUGCUCAAGUCCGACGUCGAACACCUGCGAGUCGGGGACACCACCAAGAUCGGGCUCGCGGCCAAGUGGUGCCCGUCGCUCCGCUCGUCCUACGACCGCGCGACCCUGCUCUGCGAGGCCAUCGCCCGCCGCAUGUUUCCGCGCGAGUCGAGACAGGAUUACCUAAACCUCUCCGACAAGCACUACAGCUACCGCGUCCGCGAUCGUCUCCGCCGCGAGGUGCUGGUGCCACUGCGCAAGGCGCUCGAGCUCCCGGAGGUGUACAUGAGCGCGGGCAAGUUGGAUGAUCUGCCGUACGAGCGCGUGGCGUCCGUGGCGAUGCAAAGGUACAAGGAGGCGUUCCAGAAGCGCGACAAGCCCCGCGUGGCAGGCUUCUACGACGAGGUGCGCACGGGCCACGCUAGGAUGGCUGCGGGCGCGGUGCUGCCUCACGAGCUGAUCGCCCCGGCUCUCAAGGGGGAGCACGACGAUGCCGCUGAGCUCCAGUGGCGCAGCAUGGUGUACGCCCUGUCUGCGGAGGGCCGGCUGGACAACUGCAUCGCGGUGUGCGGGCUCAUGACCGGUACUGCCGCCACGGACCCUGCGGUCUCGGCAGCCGUUGCGCUGGGGCUCCUGAUCUCGGAGCUGAGCCAGGAGCCGUGGAAGGGGAGGGUGAUCACCUUCGACGAGACGCACCAGCUGCACAAACGGCAAGGCGCCAACCUCAAGGAGAAGCUGCAGCCGCUGGUGGCGACCCUCGGUACGCGCAAGAAGGGCGCCAACCUGCAGGGCGUGUUCAGCAAGAUCCUGAGCACGGCGGUGGCGGGCGGGCUGCGCAGCGACAUGAUGGUGAAGAGGAUUUUCGUGCUGAGCGACAUGGACUUCGAUGGGUGGGCCGGCCCCGCGGCGCCGUGGGAUACGGAGUACCAGGGCAUCAGCAGUCGGUUCAUGGACGCUGGGUUCACGGCGCCGGAGGUGGUGUUCUGGAACGUGGGGACGUCGAAAGCUUCCAUGCCGGUGGUGGCGGCACAGAAGGGCGCGGCGCUGGUCAGCGGCUACUCCAAGAACCUGGUGCGUCUCUUCCUGGAGGCCGAUGGCAAACUCACUCCGGCCGCCGUCGUGGCCGACGCCAUCUCCGGCUCGGAGUACGACGGGCUCGAGGUGUUCGACUGA